GCAGCGACAUUUCACUGUUUUUUACUGUGCAUAAAACAUCGUGGAGCGCCGGUGAAAGCUGCUACGCCUCGCGGCCUGUGCGGCAGUGCUUUUAUUAGAAAAUACACCAGGAAAAAGAAAAGCAAAACGUCGCAUUUGGAAGAGAAAGUGACCGGAAACGUGUAGCCUGCCGACUAGAGCUAACGGAGAGGAGGUACGGGACGCCAUGAGCGCCUACGUCCAGACGUCACUGAUCUAGAGCUUCAUUCAGGAUGUUGUCGUCAUGAUUCAAAUAACAAGACAAAGACGAAGGUCAGAGACUGAAGGAAAAGUCCUGCAUUCAGUCCGGUGUUAUCACAGUUAAGAUGGGACAGCACGAACAAAAAGUACAUGUUCUUGUUUUGCUGGAAACGUUAAAAUAAAACAUUCAGCCUCAUGUUCACACAAGCAGACCUGUGGUAAGAGCUCUCCUUUUAACCCACAACCGACUCUCCUGUCGUCUGCGUGUUCUUUUAAAAAGAGGACGUUGCAUAAACAAAAGUUUAAAAAUGUCUCAAAUGUGUUGAAAGCAUCUGUUGCAUUGGUUUCUGUGUGGGAUCUUUUUCUCCUCAUCCUCUCAGCUUCUCAGAGGUCUUCUUUGUCUUUCUGAAUGAGUCAGCUGAUGACGAGAAGAGACAGUAUUUGGGUUUUUAUGUACAAGGAAUGUACAAAUUUAUUUACAAAUUUGAUUCAGGAGCACUGCAGAAUAUUAAAACCACAGCCUGCACAUAAAAAGUCUUAUAUAAAUCUUAAAUUAAUCUACAAACUCUCUCUGUUUAUGGAAUAUUUCAUGCAGUUCCAAAAUGAGCCUCGGGGUGGCGCACACAAUGGAAUUUCUGUUGUUAAACUGGUGCGCCCACUAAUGGAAACAAGGAGAGAGAAAAAAAAAAGUCAAACAAUCCUAUUUUUCUGUCACAUCUACCAUGGCUCUCCCGGUGGCUGCAGCCUCCCACCUGCGGCUCUCCGCGCUCUGCUCCCGGACGCGCGGAGCUCCUCGGCUCGGUCCUCCGCUCCGACGCGGAGCCUCCGCCGCCUCGACCAGAGCGAACCUGAGCGUCCAGGCGACGAGCGAGGCGGUGAAACCGAAGAGCAUCGAUGACCUGCCGGGGCCUCGUCUCUCCACCACUCUGUACUGGCUGUUUGUCAAAGGAUACGCGGACAAGAGUCACUUACUGCAGGGCGUUCAGAAGAGUCUGUACGGACCCAUCUGGCGCUCCAGGUUCGGGCCGUUCGACAUCGUCAAUGUGGCGUCUCCGGAGCUCAUCGCCCAGGUGAUCCAACAGGAAGGUCGAUACCCGGUCCGAGCGGAGCUGCCUCAUUGGAAGGAGUACAGAGAGCUGAGGGGACAGGCCUACGGGCUGCAUACGGACACGGGACCAGAGUGGUACCGGCUGCGCUCCGUCCUGAACCCUAAGAUGCUGAAGCUCCAGGAGGUGUCAGCCUACGCCCCCGUCAUCCACCAGGUGGUUUCCGACCUGCUGCACCGCAUCGAGCUCCUCCGGAGCCGCAGCCAGGACCAGGCCACGGUCCCAGAUCUGCCGGCUGAGCUCUACAAGUUCGGCUUUGAAGGUAUCUCCUCCAUCUUGUUCGAGACCCGACUGGGCUGCCUGCAGGAGGAGAUCCCCCACAGCACCCUGCGCUUCAUCGACGCCGUCAGCGACAUGUUGACCAUGUCUGAGACCGUGGUCCUCUUCCCCCGCUGGAGCCGCGGCGUCCUCCCCUUCUGGAAGCGCUUCGUCCAGGCCUGGGACGACCUCUAUGAUGUAGCCCAGACACUCAUCGACCGAAGAGUCGCUGAGGUGGAGGCUCAGGCGCGCAGCGGUGAGCCCGUAGAAGGCAUGUACCUGACCUACCUGCUGUCAUCGAACAAGCUCACCAGAGCCGAGAUCUACAUAACCGUUACAGAGCUGCUGCUGGGAGGAGUCGACACCACGUCCAAUACCUUGUCGUGGGCGUUGUACCGUUUAGCCAGAAACAGCAGAGCCCAGGAGCGACUGCACAGGGAGGUGACCUCAGUGUGUCCCAGUGGGCGGGAGCCGACCACAGACGACCUGACGAGGAUGCCCUAUCUGAAGGCUGUCAUAAAAGAGACGCUACGCCUGUAUCCUGUGGUUCCUGGUAACGGACGCUUUGUGUCGGAGAACGAGGUGAUCGUGGACAACUACAGGUUCCCGAAGAAGACUCAGUUCCAUCUGUGUCAUUACGCCGUCACUCACGAUGAGGCGGAGUUUGCGGACGCGGAGGAGUUCGUCCCAGAGCGGUGGCUUCGUGCCGAGGCCCCGGGAGGCCAGUGUGGGAGGCCGUCGGCCGGCUUCUACCAGCACCACCCGUACAGCUUCAUCCCGUUCGGCGUCGGGGUGCGAGCCUGUGUCGGGAAGAGGGUGGCCGAGAUGGAAAUGUACUUCGCCCUGUCCAGGCUGAUGCAGCAGUACGAGGUUCGGCCUGAAGAUGGCGCACCGGCCGUGGAGCCCAAAACUCGGACGCUGCUCAUCCCCGCAAAGCCCAUCAACCUGCGUUUCCUGCCCAGAGUCUGAAGGUGGCGCCACUGAUACUCAACAGGCACCUGUGUUUACAGCGAAACUUAGAUUAAUAGAUUAAUAGAUUAAUUAAAGGGCUAAAAAAACAGGUGUGUAACAGGGGCAGGUACUGUACCAAAGCCUUUUUAAAUAAAAUUAAAGGAAUCCAACAUAUUUUAGUGAAGGGAUGGAUUAAUAAUAAUGUAGGCGGAGUUUAAUAUAGAACAAGUAUCUCUCCAUCAGUUUUGGGUCCUGGGCCUGAAAAAGUCCCCUGAUCUAAAAUGAUGUUUGCAUUGAUUUGAGGUUUUUGUGCAUCACUGUGCGGUAGGUUUGUACAAGAUCCUUUUCAGAAUCGAUGUUGUGUUAAAGUUCUUGCUCCGCGGGGUCUUAACGUGUCUUAAAGUCUAAAAUCUUUACAAUGUGUUGACGUUACUUUUAUUUAUAAACGCAUAAAUUAAGUAAUUCCAGAACUUCUUUCUACCAGUGUGGAUGUGAAAUGAGUGUGUGUCCAUUAUGGCCUUAACAAAACCUUAAAACGUCUUAAAUUUGACGUGUUGAACCCUUUUUAGACCCUGGAUCAUUACUGUCAACAAUCAUUUUUAGAGGAAAUCAGAAAAACCAGAAAUGUCCCUUUAGUUCACAAAGUACCACCAGAUAUUUUCCUCCUCACGUCUUAAAAUGUUUUUAUAUGAAAUCAAUCUUUUUAUACCAAACUGCUGCUCUGGUUCCUCAAAUGUGAUGCAUUUUAAAUACUCUUCUUUAAGUUUGUUCUGAGGGGAAUUAAUGAGGUAACGUUAGAUCCAAAGAUGGAUGAGGUCCCUUCCCCUUCAAUGCACCUUUUUCAUUCCGUUUUUUAUCAUUAUUAUCAUUAUUAAUCUUUACUAAUCUUGUCUCUGUCAUUGUAGCGUUUGGUUAAAUCUGCCUCUUAAUGAACUUUGCUGCCACAGCUCAGACUUUGUCAUGUGCACGUUCUAGAAAUAUGGUAAUAACUCGCUGCACUUUGCACAGUGUUUACUCACCAGCACGUAUUUAUGAAUCACGUUUGAGUUGAAUUCAAAGCCAAACAGGUCGAGCGAUCCGGUUUGGAGUUUGAAUAGUUGUGUACGGAGCGCCCCCUCCUGACGAUGAGGUGGAAACUCAGCCUCUUUUUGACAUUUCCAGUUAAAAAUAGGGACGUGGUGUCGAAGCUGGAGGCGAGUAAAGGGAGGAGGGAGCUUUUUUAAAAUUAAGUUGAAAAGAAAAUGCUUCUGCGGGAAUAUAAAUGUAUUUCCCAAAUAUAUUUUCAUCCUUUCAGGGCACAAAUAAAAGAGUUAAAUACGACGGUUUCGUGUUUAUUUAUCAUUUAGACCAAAGAGACGAGGACGUAGACUUUCUUAAUAAAUCACUGUGUCUCAGGAGACACUCGUUCUGCUA